GUAAUCGUAUUUCGAUAGAUGUUAUUCAACCUGUGACAGAUAGCAACUCUGUUUCAUCGCGGCACGACACGAUUUUAAAACAAUGGCGAGUUUGGCAAAGAGUUCGGGACUGGUAAACAGGCUGAUUGCUCAGGCAAGACCACAGCUUGAUGUGUUCUUGAAAUAUGCCAAAGUGGAAUUGACUCCACCAACGCCAGCUGAUAUUCCGGCUAUUCGUCAGGGUCUGGGUAACAUUAUCAAGAGCGCCAAGACCGGAGGCUACAAGAACUUGUCCGUCAAGGAGGCCUGGUUAAACACCCUUGUCGCCGCUGAGGUUAUAUGCUGGUUCUAUAUUGGCGAGUGCAUCGGCAAGCGUAACAUUGUUGGAUACAAAGUUUAAAUACUGCUAAAUUCUUGUAAAGAAAUAGAACUUGCUACAUAAUUAAUGUCUGCGAUAGUUUCGAAACUAAAUAAAGUAAAUUAAUACAGUAA